UAAAAAUACACUUAUCACUAUGCUUACGUCAUUUUUACUUAUCUUGUGGCACAUGUUCACUCGCUCUCCUUGCCACCGAGGUUGAUGUCAUUAUGGGAGGUUUGACUUGCAUUCCUUUACUUGGCCAAUGCCAUCUAUUGGAAAAAUGUAACAAAGUUUUGUUACCAUAAUAUCCACUCCUUAAUAGCGGUAUAAUCGAAAAACAAUUUUUAUGGAAAGAAUACACUUUCUGUGCUGAUGUUCAAGGUGAAGUGACUCUAUGGUUCAUCCUCUUAUCUAUUCUCACUCAAGUCCUUUUUAUUACCAUUUUAGUACUAGAGUUUUCUCAACUACUGACUUCUUUGAUGGUAUAUGCACCCCCUAUAUGGUUUAAUAAAGCCCAUCUGCUCUUCUUUUUAAGGUUGCUUUUCUUGCCUCUGCACUUGGGCCAAGAGUGGCUGCUGCCUGUGCUCAUGCAUCUUUGGGAGCAUUAUGUAAGGAUGGUGAUGAGGAAGAGAGUCCUCAUGGAGAGAGAAUGAAUUUUACUAAAAAUGAAGCUCCCCGGAGCCAACAUGAUGCAGAAGCUGUUCCGUUAUCUGCUGAAAGUGUGAGAGCUGCUGCUGAAGCUGGUCUUGCAGCAGCUGCAACAAAGGCAAAGCUUUUUGCUGAUCACGAAGAACGUGAAAUUCAGCGGUUAUCUGCAAAUAUUGUAAAUCAUCAGAUGAAGAGAUUGGAGAUGAAGCUGAAGCAGUUUGCGGAAGUGGAGACCUUACUAAUGAGAGAAUGUGAACAAAUGGAAAGGAUGAGGCAGAGGUUUGCUGCCGAGCGAGCCCUCAUGAUGUCGGCGCAGUUUGGACCAGCUGGAACGUCACAAUCCAUGGGCCCACAAGCCGUCGCUACUGCCGUCGUAAAUAAUGCCUCAGGAAAUAAUAGGCAACAAGUUUCGGGAUCUCAACAGCCUUUCAUUUCUGGGUACGGUAGUAAUCAACCCGUCCAUCCCCACACAUCACUCAUUCAACAACACGGGAUGUAUGGACUUGGGCAGCGGCUGCCCCUUUCAGCCAUGCACCCUCCCCCUUCCUCUGCGGUAGCUAAUGCCAUGUUUAGUCCGCCGGCGAAUUCCCAGCCAUCUCUUAGUCAUCCAAUACCCAGGUCUGUAUCUGGGAGUAAAUCCAGUUUAGGUUAAUCAAAUCAAGUCAUUUGGGAUUUGAAUAUUCUUGGAUUGAUUACUCUUAGGGCCUGUUUGAUAGGCCAUUAUUUUCGAUGGAAAAUGGAACUCAAAUUCCGACUUCCACUUUUUGACUG